AUGAAAGAAGAAGAACAAAUAGACGAAAUUAAAAGGAAAAGACUCGAAAAAAACAAAGCAGCAGCCAUGAGAAGCAGACUCAAGAAAAAGCUUGAGGCGGAACAGUUAAGAAGGCACGUAUCAGAAUUGAGCGAAAGCAAUCAUAAUCUCAAAGCAAGCCUCCAGCAUUACGAAGCGCUAUUACAAGCAGCUUAUAGCGAAAAUCUCGUCCUGAAGGCAAAUAUUUGUUAUGUCUCGAGCGAAAAUGAAUUGCUUAAAACACGCGACGAAAGCAAAAUUAAGAAUAAACUCCUAUAUACAUAAAAUGGCGUAUGGCGACCGAAGAGUCCUCCCAGUGACGGUGACCCAUGUAUAUCCGGGCAUGGUUUCAGGAGAAGCGACUUAGCCCAGCAGUAUCUGGACCCUGGUGGCGACCGGGGAAGAAACACAGACCCGCUGAUCGUGGCCAGAUCCUAGGGCAGUUAGGAGCAUCUUCUUUUUCCAGCAGCGCCCAAGCCUGUAGGUGCCCGAAAUGGAGCAGGGCGACUUACCUGCUCAAGCUGCUACUGUGGUCUGCCCAGAAUCGCGGAAGCGAUUGAGAAUUUUCUCAAGCGGAUAAACUGGGAAAAGGGGAGGCAGAUUAGACAACAAGGCGGUCUCUCCAGUUUAAAAGGGUCCUUAACAGAAGGACGACCUGACCAACCGGAGACAAAGACUGGUGUAACUCUCGGGCGGAAGGGCUGAGUUGGAAAUGGUGGUGCUCGGCGACGGUCGGCUGACGACCCAAAUAGGGCAACCACUACCGAGAAACCAGGGGUUUCGACCUGGGCUCAGAAAACCAGUGAUGGAAAGUCCAUCCUUUUCGCUCGUGCCAGCACGGCUCCUCACGGAGCGCGGAGGAAUGUCACGCAUGGAAGAAGGGACCUUAAAUAUAUAUCGUUAAUUUAUUUAUUUAUUAAGAAUAAAACUCCUAAAUAGUUCUUAA